GCCGCCUGCGCUCCUGCGCCGCAGCCUCCAACCGCCAGGGGGCGACAGCGCCGAGCCCGGCCCGGGAGCAUGGCAGCGGCUGCGGCCCGGAGCCUGCGGGCCGUGCCCUGUGUCCUGCCCGCUGCCAGCCGUGCCCUGCACACCAGCCCUGCCUGCCUCAAGGCGCGGGCAGCGCGGGCACGGGUGGGCAAAGGGGACAGAGCUGUCACCUACGAGCAGGCUCAUGCCCCACACUACAUUGCCCACCGCAAGGGCUGGCUCUCCCUGCACACAGGGAACCUGGCUGGCGAGGAGGGCGCCGCCGAGCGGGCACUGGAGGAUGCCUUCCUGCGCCGCUUCCUCUAUGGCACCUUCCCUGGCAUGCUGGCAGACGAGGUGGUGCUGAAGCGCCGUGCCAACCUGCUGGAGCUCUGCCUGCUGCUGGCACGGGGCCUGGCACCUGCCAAGCUCUACUUCCUGGUGGGCUACACCGAGACCCUGCUGAGCCACUUCUACAAGUGCCCUGUGCGCCUCCACCUGCAGACUGUGCCCACCAAGGUGGCAUACAAGUACCUCUAGUGCCCACUGGGCACCCCCAGGGGCUGGUCAAUAAAGCAGCAGUUGGCAUCUGA